AUGGAUGACGGCGGAAACAUAGAUUUUAGCGUAUGUGCAGCGAAAUUGAAUGAAAAAUAUUUACAUCAUGCGCGAAGCUUAAAGGAUAUCUGCUUCACAAAAUCAGUGAUGAAGCCAACGGUGUUCUUUGAGUCGUUGCAAGAAGAAAUGCAGACUAUCGCAUCUCGCAACAACAAGCAGGAAGCCAAAGAGCAGUCAACAGUAGAGGACUAUGCUGAGCUUUUUAAAAUAUUCGAGGAGUACCCAACUAAUCUACAAAAGGCGCCUAAAAAGCGAGAUUUACAACGCACAAAUUCGUCAAUUUUGAAGGGACCUGGAGCUCCUGAUGCUAGUAGUGUGGACAUUAGUACAGCCGGUGUAAUAAAUGUUUCGGCAUCACUCUGCCUGACGCGAUCGGAUGAGCAACGAAGUGCCAGCGAAGUCUAUAUGGACUUUAAAAAGUUUCAGCAGAAGCUCCGCCGUGUUUAUGAGGAGGCAACUAGCGCAGACAAGGCACAGGAUGCGUAUCUGGCAAAAGUAGGUGAAUUGCGCACAUUUGCACAGCAACUGGAGAAGCUAAUGCCAGCCGAGCGUGAUGCGCAGGAUGCUUUUACCACCGAAGAGGAGGCCAUGCUUACAACUAUCGCCGAAAAUAUGCAGCAACUGAACUAUCUGCGUGAAAACAGUCUAUAUAUUCAGAGUCCCAAUGAGAUUGCCACUGGUGGCAAUACAAUAGCACGGCUGGAGAGCUUGAUAGAGGUGCUCACCUAUACUCUGAUGCAGAUCGGCUGCUACAACAAUGCCUGACUAUAGACAUUCUUUAAUAGUGUAACCCUAAAAUUGUUUGAUGCUCAAUAAAAUUUAUUUACAUUAGUAGCCAA